AUGUCUUACGCUCCCCGCCAAAUUGGUGCCGCUAACACCUUCGAUUACAAGGUUUACAUUGAGAAGAAUGGCCAACCUGUGUCUCCUUUCCAUGACAUUCCAUUGUACGCCAACGAAGAGAAAACCAUCUUGAACAUGAUCGUUGAGGUACCAAGAUGGACCAAUGCCAAGUUGGAGAUUUCAAAAGAACAGAAGCUCAACCCAAUUAUUCAAGACACCAAAAAGGGUAAAUUGAGAUUCGUUCGUAACUGUUUCCCUCACCAUGGCUACAUUCACAACUACGGUGCAUUCCCCCAGACUUGGGAAGACCCUAACGUGACCCACCCAGAGACCAAGGCCAAGGGUGACAACGAUCCUUUGGACGUUUGUGAAAUUGGUGAGGCUGUUGCCACUGUAGGUGAAGUGAAGCAGGUGAAAGUUUUGGGUGUCAUGGCUCUCUUGGAUGAGGGUGAGACCGAUUGGAAAAUCAUUGUCAUUGACGUCAAUGACCCAUUGGCCAGCAAGUUGAACGACAUUGAGGACGUGGAGACCCACUUGCCCGGUUUGUUGCGCGCCACCAACGAGUGGUUCAGAAUCUACAAGAUCCCAGAUGGUAAGCCAGAAAACCAAUUCGCCUUUUCCGGUGAAUGUAAGAACAAAAAAUACGCCGAAGAGAUCAUCUCCGAGUGCGCUGAGGCUUGGGAUAAGUUGAUCAAGGGCGAAGCUGCUGAUUCCAAGGGCAUCUCUUUGGAGAACACCACAAUCCUGAACAGUGCUUCCUACUCACCCGCAGUGGCCUCUGAGAUUCCUGCCGCCUCUCCAUUGCCACCAGCACCCAUCGAUAAGUCGAUUGACAAGUGGUUUUUUAUUGCCGGUGCACACUAG